CUCACAGGGGGAAUAAACCGUAAACAGCCGGACCCAUAAAGAGACCAUUGUGCCGAACCACAGCUGCAUGUUUUCAGCGUCUGCUAUGUGGACACAGAAAGCUUCCUGCAGUGUUUUCAUAUGUUUACAGAAGCUCCUCAUGGUUUAGUUAUUGGCAGCUCAGACGUUGGAGAAGCGGUGUCCUCAUUUGACUAAAAAUAUCUUGGAAACUUUCGCACUGACCCGCUAUGAGAAGCGCACUAUGAGGGCAGUAUCUCACUGAGGCUUUCCCCGCUAACAGGUGGAUUACUGGUAUUUUCUGAAGGGUGUGCAUUGUCUUCUGCAGGUAUCUGAGGCCCAGGCAUGCCGGCCCCCCCUCCACCCCCUCCACCUCCCCCGGCAGCCCCUCCACCUCCACCGCCUCCCUGCGCUGCCCUGCCACAGUGUCCGUCUGAGCUUCCUAAGCUCCAGUCUGCUGGUGGAGGAGGAGGAGGAGGAGGAAGGAAUGCCCUAUUGGCCGACAUCCAGAAAGGAACCAGACUUAGGAAAGUCACACAGGUCAACGACCGCAGUGCCCCUGUUGUCGAUAAACCCAAGACCAGCACUGGAGAUGUAUCCAGCAGCGUUGGUGCUUCUCAGGGUUCAUCGGGAGGGAUGGCACCCAUGGGACCCUCUUUGGGUGGGCUAUUUGCUGGAGGGUUUCCCACUCUCAGACCUAUAGGACAAAGAGACUUAGCAGGCAAGACUCCAGUGUCUCGCUCGAGCUCAUCAGUGUCCCUGAAGCCGCUGUGGAACCCGCCCAUGUCACCAGACACAAGCAGCGUCCCCGAGCCUCACAGGACGGCGGAGCGCCGGAGCUCCGCCCACCGGACAUUUGCUCCUUCAUCUUCUGCUCCUCCCUCUCCCUCUCAUGGCAGCAGGCACCCACCUCUUUUCGCUGCUUCCUCUCCUCCUCCGACUCCCCCUGCCCAUCCCUCUGCUCCUCCUCCGCCUCCCCCACCUCAAGCCUUCCAGGACCGUCCAGCCAACAGGCCUCCGCCUCUCCCCUCCUGCCCUCCCCCUCCAUCUCAGGUGACCAAGCCCACAUGGCUCCCCAUCCAGCACUCCCACCACACCACCAUGUCCCAGCCCUCUACUCCGACCCCUCCUCCUCCUCCUCCACCUUUCCAACCUCCCUCCUCCAUCCCAGGGGACCGCUCCUCAGGAUGCUUCUUCCCUCUGCCCCCCUCUCCGGUCCACUCCGAACCUUCUAGGUUCCCAAUCCUGCGGGACAGCCCUCUGGGACCUCCUCCCCCACCUCCUCCUCCCCCUCUCCCGGCUUCUUUCACCCCCACCUGCCCAUCCACCCUUCCUCCACCACCGCCCAAGAUGGCCCCAGUACCGUCCCCAGCCAUGCGCUUUCUGCCACCGUCAUACCCCUGCAAUGCUCCCACGCGACGGCCACCUGCUGUGCCUAGAAGUGCAGGUGUGGGCCGGCUGGCUCCUCCUCCAGCUCCUCCGGCACGUUCUCCCACCACUGAGUUGUCCACCCGCAUUCCUCCCCCUCCCCCUCCACCCCCCCUGCCCCCAUCCAGUCUUAGGAAUGGACACCUGCACAGCCUUGAUGAUUUUGAAUCCAAGUUCCAGUUCCACCCUGUUGAGGAUUUACCUCCUCCUGAUGAAUUCAAGCCUUUCCCUCGGAUCUACCCCAGCAAAGAAAACAGAGGUAGCAGCCCAGCACCAACUUCACCCAUGACGUCUGUUUCCUCUAUUGAGUUGUCUUUUAAUAUCAUCGUUCCUCCUCUCGCAGUGAACCCCAAACCACCUGGGAUCCGGACACACCUCAGAUGAGUCAGGCCUCACCCUGUUCUUCGUCCCCCACACACACAGCAAAAAGACUCUGUGUUCCACUUUGUUCUUGUGACAGCUCAUGACAAUCACAUAAUUGCCAUGGACUUAUUUGGAUGCAAGCCCUUUGUGUGAUUUGUUUGUGUUCAGUGUAUAAGUAUGUGAUACAGUAUGUGAGUGUCAAACAGGCUCCCGCCUUAUACUGACUAUGUGACCUCUGACCUUUUCCAGUGUGGAAUGUUUUGAAUGUGUGUGUGGAGGAGGAUGGCUCUCCCUACUCAUACUCAUAAGCUGCAGACAGACUCUACACACACACACACUCCAAGGACAGUGUCUUCCAGUAGCUAUAUUUAACAUGGCUCUUGACACAGUUUUUAACAGCUUAAGCAUUUCAGUAUCUACAUACGGAAUAGAAAAUUCUGAUUUUAUGUCUUGAGAGUUAUCAAUUUGUCUUCAUACAUACAGUAGCACUUUUAAAGUCGGAAGUAAACCCACAAACAUUAUUAAACACCUAGUUUUAAAAUAGUACAGCUCCUUUAAAGACAGAUAUAUAAAAAAGGUCACCUAGCAACAACCUCUGUACAAGGGGAUGCUCCAUUAGCACUUGUAUAAAUGCGUUACAACAUGCUCUAAUAAUGCUACAUUUUUAAACUGAUGCUUUAAUGCUUGAGCAAAAUGAUUCUGUCUGUAUCUGUAUGUUUUCCUCCUAUAGAGCCAACAAGUCAGCCUAAUUUCAAUUUAAAACUCACUGUGAAAACGGCAUUGCAAGUGAACAGUUUUCACUAUUCACUUGCACAACAGGGUAUGCUAACUUUUGGGGGGGUCAUAAAUAAUUGUGCAUACAGUA